AAGUUCGCGCUCUAGAAGAUGGUUGUUCAACGUUUCCGUAAAAUGGAGACGAAUUCGUUAUUUCAUCUGACGAUGCUAACAAACCAAGCGCCUCUUUCAGCUCGUUAGAUAUUGUGAGCUGUGAGAUGCGAUAGUUCCUCGGGAAUUAGCUUCAGUAUCAGGGGAUUUGCUUCAAAGAACGAGACAAAAUGACCGAAUUAGUACCACUGACUUUGCGAGAGAUCGCAGAAAAUGUCAUACACCACCCUAAACUGACAAAGAUGAAAAUUGCCAUCGAAGACAAUUCUCAGUACAAGUUCUACGCCUUAGUAGACGACACAAGUUAUAUUAUGUGGGGCUGUGCGGCCUCCAAAGACUGCCGUAGCAUGGUCGCCACUGACUUUGAUGGCCUGCUUGUCAACAAAAUCAACUGCCACUCUGCUUUCUGUCCUGAGUCUGCUGUGCAGAAACGCAAGCAAGACGCUGGCGACACAUUAACAGCCACCACAACUGUUAAUGGAGUUAAAAUGAAAGAAGUGUUGGUGCCCUACGAGCUUUUAACAUCUAAAGAGCUGAAAACAGGAAUUCUCGGGCCAUCUACUAAGAACAGAGUGGUUGUGCCUGUUUCUCAGAGAAUGAAUCUACCUGAUUCAAUACCCAAGGUCUAUGAAAAAGGAGCAAUUGGUAAAGGCAAGAAGAGGCAGGCAAACAAAACUCCUACGCUGAGCCAGUAUUGCAGGAUGUGUGGCACAGUCCACGAAAAUAUGACCCUGGUUCGAGGCUAUGAUGGAACAAACCGAGAGAUGAAAUUCAAACUGGAGUGGCUGCUUUCAAAAAAUAUUCCUGAGGAUGAUAAAUUGCCCAUGAAGCUGUGUGAAACUUGCUUAAAAAAUCUUAAUUCAGCAUAUGAAAUUUUUGUAACCGCAAUGAAGACACAGGAAUUUCUAAAAAAGCUUGCUGCUGAUCAAGGAAUUAAACUGCAGCUGAAAGAAGAACCCAAGAAGAGGAUGUUCCCUAUGCUUAUUGAAGAGCAAAGCCUUGCCCCUGUUGGCAUCAAGUGCAGCCUCUGCGAUGAGAUUGACAUUGUUGACAUCCGUAAACACAAUUUAGUGUUCCACAGCGAAUUUCUUUGUCGGAUAUGUCAUGAAUCAUUUGAGAAUGCCUUAGACCUCAAAGAACACACCGACGAAAAGCAUUUAAGAGCUUGCCAAUUCUGUUCAUGCUCAUUUGACACCCAAAAGGGCUACGAGUUGCAUUUGAGGUCGCAUGAAAUUUGCAAGACACCUGGAAUGAAGUUUGUUCCAUGCCAAUAUUGCAAGGAGACGUUCCACGACAAGCACGAAUUGCAAGUUCACUACUGCAAGGUGCAUCUACAGGAGAUCAUCAACAAGAAAACCUCAGAGUAUAAUGCUGACAUUCUUAACUGUUUUAGGUAUAAUAAACAGCAAUGUUUUUCUCUUUACAGUGGUCAAGAAAAUACAUAUGAUGUGGAGCAAAAAUGUGAACAAGCAGGCUUGAAGAUUAGGCAAAUAAACAACUAUGACCUGUUUUGCAAAGUUUGUGAAGAGAAAUGCCCAAGCACUCUUCACCUGACAAACCAUCAUCGCCAAGUACACAAAACAUAUUUCUGUGACAAGUGCAAGGACACCUUUACGGAAUGCGAGUCUAUCAUCCAACACAUCCAAAUCAUCCACGACCAAUCUGCGGUCGUGUGUCAGGUGUGUGAUGAGGUUUUCAGAAGCGAAAUCACCUUUGAGAACCACAAGAAGGCAUUCCACAUGCCCCAGUGCACAUUUCCGUGCCCUGUUUGCGAAAGGAUGUUCUUUACAACAGGCAAACUCCGUAGGCAUAUGAGACUGCACUUAUCAGAAGAGGAUCACCAGUGCCCAACGUGUGGCAAAAUGUUCUCCAAUAAGUCGUCCUACUUGCAUCAUCUGCGGCUGCAUGAUGACAAGCGAGAAGACCUAAGUUGCAAUCAUUGUGACAGAAAGUUCAAGACCAAAAAAUAUUUGAUCAUGCACAUCAAGUCGCACCACAUUUCCGCUUGGUACUACAGGUGUCUUGAUUGUGGCAAGGAGAGCAGCUCGAUUGAAGACAUUACCAUCCACUGCUCAAUUCACCCUGGAGAAAGACGCAUACAGCGACUCUCAUCUGCUGUUUGCCGCUUCUGUAACAAGGAGUUCGCCAGCUCUGUCAUCUUGGACAGGCAUAUUUACAACGCGCACCGGAACAAGAAGGUGGUGAAGCGAGAGGCUGAGGAACCUAUCAAUAAGAAAGAUAAACUCAAGAAAAAAGGCAAACCUAGGAGACAAAUCUGCAGGGAAUGCGACAAAGUGUUCCCCACCAAGUCAGAGCUCAUUCUACACAAGGAGAAUUUCCAUGGGAUGAAGAAAUUCUCUUGCAAGAUCUGCAAAGAUAAGCACUACAUUUACGAAGCUCUUCUUCGCCAACAUGAGUUAAAAAUGCACCAGGUUCUUCACGAAUUCAGAUGUUCUGUUUGUGAAAGCACGUUCAACACUUCUACGAAACUGAACCAGCACAUAGCAAUUUCACAUAGCCAGGAUAAUGAUGAACAUAAUGUAUGUCAAUACUGUGACAAAGCAUUCCUCAACAGAUUAAAUCUCAUGCAACAUUUGGCCACCCACCGAGAGGAAGAGGAUGCUGCUGCUGCACAGUAUGUUACGAUAACACACCAUGAUGGCAAUGGAGAGAAUAUUAUUAAGAUAGCCCUAGAAGGCAUUGAGAAUCUAUAAAAGUUUUGGUCAUUGUCACAGUUGCGUUGCUUCUCUAGCGAUGAAGGCUUUUCUGAAUAAAGCUUUACUCUAUCAAUUCUA